AAACUAGCUAUAUUCUAUUUCUCUGAAAUUUUUUUUUACACAGUUUUCUUAGGAAUAUCCAUUAUUUGUUUACUAUAUAAUAGAAAAAAAUAAUAACCUUAAUGAGUGGAAAAGCAAUCGGCAUUGAUUUAGGAACGUCAUAUUCCUGUGUUGGUGUUUGGCGAAAUGAUAGAGUUGAAAUUAUUGCAAAUGACCAGGGUAAUCGUACAACACCAUCAUAUGUAGCUUUCACUGAUACAGAGAUUCUUAUUGGAGAUGCGGCCAAAAAUCAAGCUUUUAUAAAUCCUCAUAAUACUGUAUUUAGUGUUCAUCGUCUUAUUGGUCAUAAUUUCAAUGAUAAGAACGUCAAAUCUGGUAUGAAGUAUUGGCCAUUCAAAGUUAUUAAUAAACCAGUUAUCAAUGUAGAAUAUAAAGGAAAAAGAAAAGAUUUCACACCCGAAGAAAUUUUAUCCAUGGUAUUGGUAAAAAUGAAAGAGACCGCAGAAGCAUCUCUUGGCACACAAGUUAAUAAUGCUGUAAUUACGGUACCAGCUUAUUUUAAUAACUCCCAACGACAAGCUAUAAAAGAUGCCGGUUUGAUUGCGGGUUUAAAUGUACUUCGUAUCAUUACUGGACCAACUGCAGCGGCUAUUGCUUACGGAUUGGAUAAUAAAACUACUGGAGAACGAAAUGUUCUUGUCUUUGAUUUGGGUGGUGGUACCCUUGAUGUCUCUCUCUUAACUAUUGAAGAGGGGAUUUUUAAAGUAAAAGCCGUUGCUGGUGACAAUCAUCUUGGUGGUGAAGAUUUUGAUAAUCGUCUUAUAAGUCAUUUUGUACAAGAAUUCAAAAGAAAAUUUAAAAAAGAUAUUUGUUCCAAUGCACGUGCUGUCCGUCGUUUAAGAACAGCAUGUGAACGUGCGAAACGUACACUUUCAACAUCAAUAAAAGCUUCCAUUGAAAUUGAUUCUCUUUAUGAAGGUAUUGACUUCUAUACCUCUUUGACGCGAACCAGAUUUGAAGAAUUAAAUCAAGAUCUAUUUAAUUCUACAAUGGAACCUGUUGAGAAAGUACUUCGAGAUAGUAAAAUUGACAAAAGUCAAGUCCAUGAAAUUGUCUUAGUCGGUUGUUCAACGUAUAUUCCUAAGAUUCAAAAAAUGGUAUCUGAAUUCUUUGAUGGUAAAAAACCAAACAAAUCUAUCAAUCCUGCUGAAGCCGCAACCUAUGGUGCUGCCGUACAAGCUGCUAUUUUAUCUGGUGAUACUUCUGAAAAGACUCAAGAUCUACUUUUACUUGAUAUCGUUCCUUUAUCUCUGAGCAUCGAAACUGCUGAUGGUGUAAUGAAGCCACUAAUUAAACGUAAUACUUCAGUACCUAUUAAGAAAUCUGAAAUUAUAUCUACAGAUUUUGAUAAUCAGUCUAGUAUAUCAAUUAAAAUAUAUGAAGGUGAACGUACUCGAACAAGAGAUAGCAACUUACUCGGAAAAUUCGAAUUAUCUGGAAUUUCUCCUGCUCCAAGAGGUGUUCCGCAAAUAAAAGUUACCUUUGAUAUUGAUGCAAAUGGCAUCUUGAACGUUUCUGCAGUUGGUAAAACAACCGGAAGAUCAAAUAAGAUUACCGUCACUAAUGACAAAGGAUUAUCGAAAGAAGAAAUCGAACGCAUGGUUGCAGAAAGAAUGCAAUAUGCGCAAAAAAUGGAACCACAAAAUUGCUUAGAGUCCUAUGCAUACAACUUGCUUACUGUUGUUCGAAAUAUUGAUAAUAUAAAGAAUGAACUUCAUGAUGCAGCACAAAAAUCAAUUGCAUGGCUUGAGAAUAACCGAGAAGCAAGAAAAGAUGAACAUGACCAGGAACAAAAAUUACUUGAAGAGAUUGUCGACCAAAUAAUGAGUAAUCUAAAUAACGUAAAUAUUUCUUCAUAGUUUUCCUAACUCAAUAAGUACGUUUUGUAAUAUUAAAUCUUAGGUAAAGUCAAACCAAGAUCAUAAUUGUACGUAAUAAAAGGUGAAUAAAUUGACAUUAAAAAUAUGCGGAUUUUUGGAGACGCGAUUAGCAAACAAAAUUAUAAGUUAAUACGAAUAAUUUUUUCCACAUGACCACGAAAUUACAUUUAAUAAGGCUUAGUGCAAAAUGAAUUAAAACCUUUAUGUAUAAAUUUUUAUAUUAUAUUAUAUUUUACUUUUUAUGGAAAUUAUUGAUCAAGUUAGUUUAAAAUAAAUUAC